CAGACAGUACUCACGAAGACCCUGAAGAUGAAGAAUGGGAUUCAGAUGAUAGGAGUGAGGACGAAGAAGACAGAGACUCAGAACAAGUGUACUCAAAUGAAGAGGAGGGAACUGAAGCAGAUGAUGAGUCCUUUGCUGCCACUAGUGAAGAUGAAGUUCAGGGAAAAAACGGAAAAUCAUUGAAAAGGACGAUAAUUGCAGAUAGAAAAGAAAGACAAGAAAGCACAGCAGGAAAAGGUAAAGAAGAAAAAAGAGGGUGCGUAUCACCAGCAGGUUCACUUGGGGAGAAUGAGUCAUUAGAUCCUGGUUGUUAUAGAAAAGACCAGGAGAAAAAGUCAAAGAAAAGAGAGCUAUCAGAUCCAGGCAAGGACCAAGAGGAACGCGAAAUCCAGUCAAAGAAAAGGAGCAGGAAAAAGCACAGGGAGAGUAGCAUGAGCCCCAUGCCCAGAGGUAGCUCCUCCCCCUCCACUUCACAAGAAGAGAACAAAAACAAACAUGCCCCUAGUGGGCAUAGCCGUGAAAGUGGUUGUGGAAAAAAGAAGAGAGAAAAAGAAAAAGAGAGUGUUCCUAGCUCCUCUGGGACUGAUGACUCCUCACCAGAAUGUGAUAUAGUAAGGAGUCUAUCUGAAUCCGAGACUAAAAAUCUCAGAAAACUCUUCAGAUGUUUUUUUGGCAAACUCUGCUGUGGUAUAAGAGACCCAGUUGAAACAGCCGCUCAGCUGCAGGCAGAACGUCUGCUAUCCCGUUCAGCAAUGGAGAACAUGAUUAUAUCUCCUGAGUCACAGCAAGUGAAGGCCAUAGCUUUAGUUCGGGCACUUGGCAAGAAGUUAAAAGUCCCAUCCUGACAGGAUCUUCACUGUCAUUGGAGUGUUAAUACACGAUGAAGGACUCCGAGAAACUGGCAGAAAAAUGUGUAAAGCAGCAGGUAAUAUCCUUUUGUAUGCCUGUGUCCUAAAUUUAUUCACUGAUGCCUUUGCAGCAAAAAUUUGUCCAGGGAGAAUAUCGGUCUCUAUAUUUGGGAAGGAGCUACCAUCUUCUGAGAAACCUUUACCACUAGGAAAUCCAAUUUGCGGAGACGAAAGUGAGAUAAUGCCAACCACAGCUAAGAAAGAAACACUACCUAUCACCUCCCUCACUAAAGGUGACAGUGGUACGGCAUUAUCCACUGCUGUAAGUCAAUCUGUACAAAGUUCAGAUAUAUUGACGAAGUAUAAGCAGUACUUGCAGUCUUGUUACAAUGCUAGAGCCCUAGCUCAAGCAGACAAGUACCUUCCCACCCUAGACGCUCCCUACAUUAAUCUUGCCAUGAUUAGAAGGGGACAACCCUAUAAUCCUAAACAAAGAGAUGAGUUUACCAGGAGAACACUGCAUGGAGGAGUAGACCAGAUUCUUCAGAGUAAGACACCUAUCAACAUUGAAGACCUGCUGACUCCAGAAAACAGUGGUAGGCCAGUCAGGUUCAUUCUGGUAGAAGGUCCUCCAGGAAUUGGUAAGAGUACCUUUGCCUGGGAGGCAUGUAGGAGAUGGGAUGAGAUAGAAAGCCUCAGACAGUACCAUACUGUGGUUCUGCUCAAGUUGAGGGAAAAGUGGGUCUUAAAUGCCACACAACCUUCCGAUCUCUUCAGGUUUCCACCCAAGCCCGAAUUGAGUACUAAUAUUGCAGAAGCACUUAACAAAUCGCAUGGCCACAAUCUGUUACUGGUUUUAGAUGGGUUUGACGAAGUCUCUCACAGUUUCCAUAAAAACUCUGUCAUAAAAAGCAUUCUGUGUAGGCAGCUCUUACCCAAAUCUACCAUUAUUCUCACUACUAGACCAGUGGCCAAGAACACACUUAGAAGUAUCUGCCAGCCUCGAGUUGAUAAACAUGUAGAAAUCAUUGGGUUCACAGAGGAAGAGAGAGUGAGGUAUAUCACUGAGGUCUUUAGCAAGGAACCAGAGCUUCAGAUGAAUUUCUUAAAGUACAUGUUUCAUGUCCCUCACAUAAAGUCAAUGAUGUACAUUCCGCUCAACUGUGCCAUUAUAGCACAAGUCUAUUUCGAGUCUCAGAUAAAUUGCCAACUUACUAUUCCAAAAACUAAAUCACAGCUGUACAAGGCACUCACUCAUUCUCUUAUUACUCGACACAUGAAAAUGAAGGAACAAAAUUAUGAGUACUCAUCUAUGUUUCCAGAAGGUCUCAACGAAGAAGAUAUGAAAAACUUUAAGACUUUGGCAAAGUUCGCUUUUUAUAGCUAUCAUGGAUUGAAAGUCAAACAAGAGGAUAUCCAGCAGAUAUUAGGUCGAUCAAGAAAAGAACUAAGUGUAUCUGAAUUAAGGAAGGUAACAUUUUUCAAGGAGGAUAUCCCUGAAGGAUUCAUUCAUUUUGGUUUUAUGAAUGAGUCCACUGAAAUGUAUGCAGGCAAAGGAGUGGAGGAAACAUUCUCAUUUCUCCAUCUCAGCCUACAGGAAUACCUGGCAGCUUGGCACUUGGCUAAGAGCUACAGCACUGAGUUUCAGGUGGCUUAUCAUAAGAUGGUUGUU